CUAGACCAUCCUUUCCUCAACAAUCACUCCCAUCCAGCAGCUACCAUCCACCACCUCUGCUUGUCCUGUUACCACCGUUAAUUCUGCCGGAAGAACGGCCGGAAAGUCGUUUGUCGGUCUUUGUUAGCACGCGAGCUUCUUCUUGCUCGAAACUCAGUGUUUAUAAAACCCUACUAAAAAAUUUAGUGGGAAAAGUUAAGACCCUUUUAAAACCCUAAUUCUCUCUGUGGAACCACAUAAAAGCUUCAGUCAUGUAUGGAGGAGACGAAGUAUCUGCAAUUGUGAUUGACUUGGGCUCCCACACUUGCAAAGCCGGUUACGCCGGCGAAGAUGCUCCCAAGGCUGUGUUUCCCUCCGUUGUUGGAGCAAUUGAUCAAAUGGACAUUGAUGAGCCUGAUAAUACUGAAAAGAACUCUGCUUCUUCUGCGGAUUCAAAAAACAACACCAGAAAUCCUGAUUCUGACAAAACCAAAGGAAAGCGCAAAUUGUAUGUAGGAUCACAGUCCUUGGGAUACCGCAGAGACCAUAUGGAGGUGCUAUCACCGUUGAAAGAUGGAAUCGUUGCUGACUGGGAUAUUGUUGAUAGCAUUUGGGAUCAUGCUUUCAGGGAAUGCCUUUUGAUCGAUCCUAAAGAGCAUCCAAUGCUACUUGCAGAACCUUCUUCUAACACUCAACAACAGAGAGAAAGGACGGCAGAACUUAUGUUUGAAAAGUACAAAGUACCUGCUUUGUUUUUGGCCAAGAAUGCUGUUCUUACAUCUUUUGCAUCAGGUCGUGCCACGGCAUUGGUUGUUGAUGGUGGUGGAGGAUCAACUACUGUUGCACCUGUCCAUGAUGGUUAUGUUCUUCAAAAGGCAGUUGCAGCUUCUCCUAUAGGAGGAGAGUUUCUUACGGAUUGCUUGAUGAAAAGUUUGGAAAGUAAGGGUAUUGUGAUUAAACCCCGGUAUUCCUUUAAGAGAAAGGAAAUCCGGCCUGGAGAGUUUCAGACUGUAGAUGUUGAUUUUCCCAAUACAACUGAAAGCUACAAACUUUACUCCCAGAGGGUGAUUGCUAGUGAUAUCAAGGAAUGUGUUUGCCGAGCUCCUGAUACCCCAUAUGAUGAGAGUGCAUACUCAAACAUUCCGAUGACCCCAUAUGAACUUCCUGAUGGCCAGACAAUUGAAAUUGGAGCUGAUAGAUUCAAGAUUCCUGAUGUUCUUUUUAAUCCAUCUCUGGUCCAGACUAUUCCUGGCAUGGAGAGUUAUGCAGAGAUUGCUCCUUCAGUUCGAGGUCUGCCACAGAUGGUUAUAGAGAGUAUUAACAAGUGUGAUGUAGACAUCCGAAGGGAAUUAUUUAGUAGCAUACUGCUUGCUGGUGGCACAGCUUCAAUGCAACAGUUGAAGGAACGCCUUGAGAAAGACUUGUUAGAGGAAUCCCCUCAAGCUGCUAGAGUGAAAGUGCUGGCCAGUGGGAAUGCAACUGAAAGGAGGUUCAGCGUUUGGAUAGGUGGAAGCAUAUUGGCUUCUCUUGGCUCCUUCCAACAAAUGUGGUUCUCCAAGACUGAGUAUGAAGAGCAUGGAGCUUCUUAUAUCCAAAGAAAAUGCCCGUGAGUUGCUAUUGAUAUGUAUAGAGGUUUGUUAUUCGGCCAUUGGUGAUCUAGAUGAGUUAAGGAGGACGUCUCCCUGACUGUUGUCUCUCUGCGAUUAGUUUCGUCUCUUAUCGUUAAACCUUUCCGUUGGUUCUUUCACUAACAACAGUACUUGGCCUUCCCAUGCUCCAUAGCUUAGCUGUAUCUGUAAUCUAUGCUCUGAUGUAACUGUUCUUUAUAGUUUAUAGUCUACUUAACAAUACAUACUGAUUUGUCUCUUUUGGGUCAAACUGGUUUCCUUUUUUCUUGUGGUUUGAGGCGCAGCAUUAACUAUAAUUUAGAUGAUUAGUUUGUAAUGACACAUUAGGCUUUAGUUCUUUGAUAAUUUGUUCUGGUUGCAUGUUGUCAGAGUUGUAUAAUACUCAUUCAACCUCUAUUUAUUUGGUUCCUGUCGUUUA